AUGCGGACGCCUCCCCAGAACGCACAGCUUAGGCCAGCAAAGGCACUGAUGAAGGCCGUCGGCCUGUUUUGGAUAUUUGCGUUGACUCUUGUUCUUGCUUCCCUGGCGACUAAAUUAGGCGCAUAUUACGCUUCCAGGGCGGAAGGCAUCCAUCAAGCCGAUUACGCAGUGGAGCUAAUCUCCACGUUCGUCUUCGAAUUUGCGGUGGCGACUUUCGUCUCCGUCCUAGUAGAGCUUGCGAUGUGCAUCAAGCGUUCCACGAGGUACCAGACCCAGUCGCAGGACCAGCUACUCCGCUACAUGGCCUGGGGCACCAGCAUAGUGCUUGCCGGUCUUGCCUUGGCGCACUUCAUUCCCGGAAUAGAUUGUGUUGCAUCUGCCGAUUGGAGGAGCAACGACAACGUGAAAAUGGAAGACGCUGAGGACUUGAGGGAAAUCCUGGGACUGGUUUUUGCCGUCCUAGCUUGGAUCUCCAUCGUCGUCGCUUAUCCGGUUGUGUUUUUGGUUAACAAGAGCACCGAUGAGCCUUACCGUGAUGUAAGUUAA